AUGGGAUCGCUUGAAGAAGAAGCAAAGGAAGAGAUGAAGCAAGCUGGUCAAAGGCUUCGGAAACUCAUACUGGAUGAAAACCCUGAACAGGCUAAUGAUGAUGUACUGGAUGUUGCUGUAACCUUUGAUGGUACAUGGGCUAAGAGAGGAUUUACCUUGUUAACUGGUGUGGUGUUUGUAAUUUCUGUUGACUCUGGUGAAGUUUUGGACUACCAUGUACUGUCAAAGGUUUGCCAGAUAUGUGCUAUAAAGAAAGUAAAGGUUACGGAAGAAGAAUUUGAGCAGUGGUUGUUGGCUCACGAAUGUGACAUCAACUUUGUGGGAAGUUCUCCAGCGAUGGAGUCAGAAGUCAGAAGGGGAAGAUCAAUAGAAACUCAUAACAUGAGGUACAAGUGGAUGGUGAGUGAUGGUGAUAGUAAGGCGUUUAGUUCGGUGGAGGACAUUUAUGGUGAUGUGAAAGUUGAGAAGCUGGACUGUGUUGGCCAUGUGCAAAAGAGAAUGGGGAAACACCUUUUGAAAUUAAAUUCGACAACUCAGGGCAAGCUUGCAGAUGGGAAAACUAUUGGGGGUCGUGGGCAUUUGACAGAAACAAAAGUGCUGCAGCUGCAGAAAUAAUACCAUAAAAUGAUGGAAAAGCAAUUAAGGUGGCUCAAUACAGUUUUUAAAACAUUUAAGUGUACAACAGUUUCGCACUUUUAAACUUCAUGUUUUUAGGUUUUAUAUGACGGAUUUUGAGAUGUUCGUCUAUUUAAAGAGGCAGUCAAGUCCGUUCUGCGCAUAUUUUAUGUGCAUGCUUGCAAGGGCCCGCGCUAUUAUUCUAGCCUGUUCGCAGGCUAUGUCACCGGUAAUUUCCAAUAUGGAGGGAGGCACAAGUGGACAAAGCUCUGGCAAUGAAAGGCAAUCUCUUGAAAACAAAGGAAAAUAAUAUUUAAAGCGAAGGGAUGCUACAAAUAUUUGCUUAUAGGAGCAAUUUACAAGAUAGCGUGAGUUAAAAGAACAGCUCCAAGUAAAGACCGACAAGGAGGUUGCAGCUUUAUUGUUAAAUAAACACUACAAAAGAGAGGAGGUAUUUCAAAAUUCAUAGGCCUGUAUAAGUGUUGUCUUGUGAUUUUGACAUGAGGUGCCAUAUUAACAGAGAGUCUAAAAAUAUAUGGUUAUUGGUUUCUUGCAGUGAAGUUUAUAUUCCAAGCGAAGGCGAUGUUCGAGACAACACAUACCAAGACGAAAUUCGAUCAGACACUGACAGCAUGUGUUGGUCUCCUUCAUUUUCAACUUGCCAAGUAAGUACAUUCCCAUACAGUAAAAGUUGUUGAAAUAGAGUUGUUGUUGUGAUGCAUGGGGUCUUCCUGGUAGAACAGCACUUGUUUUCUUCUUGUGUUAGCAUAUUUUUGCACAAGCCACUCUUACACCAGUCGGGUAUGUCAUUUUGUGGUGGUUCAUUUCUGGUGGUUCAUGUUCUGAUGGUGCAUCAGGUAGCUCAUCUUGUUGUAAUUUUCUUGGUUCUGAAUGUGCUCCACCAAUUCCCCAUUGGCUAGGUCUGCAAAGACUGCAGGUUGUCUCCUGA